AAUCUUUGUAGUUGAGCAUUAGUAUGGGAGUUGUUACUUGAGGUUUCAAUUUGUGUAAUUGAAUCGUAUCCUGCCUUUAAUUCCCAUUUACGUAUAUAUAUAUAUAUAUAUACAGUAAUAAAUAAUAUAUGUUUUUGUUAAUUCAACAUUCUUUCAAUGGCAUUGGCAUCUGAGAUCUCAAUCGCCGGAAUCCUGGCUAGUAGCGCUAUCGCUGCUUGUUUUGCGGAGUUGUGUACUUUACCUCUAGACACCGCUAAAGUUAGACUACAGUUACAAAAGAGAGCAGGGGAAGGUUCCGGCAAGUACAGGGGAUUAUUAGGUACAGUUGCUACAAUUGCUAAGGAGGAAGGUUUAUUAGCUCUUUGGAAAGGCAUUGUACCUGGCUUACAUCGACAAUGUAUAUAUGGAGGCCUAAGGAUUGGGUUAUAUGAGCCUGUCAAGGCCUUCUUUGCACAUACCUAUUAUGUUGGAGAUGGUUCCUUAUUCACUAAAGUGUUUGCUGCUCUUGUUACUGGUGCAAUCGCAAUUGCUCUGGCUAAUCCAACUGAUCUUGUAAAAGUUCGGCUCCAGGCUGAAGGUAAAGCUGGUACACCUAGGCGCUAUGAUGGUGCUUUCAAUGCAUACUAUACCAUAGUGAAACAGGAAGGGCUGGCAGCUUUGUGGACAGGAAUUGUGCCAAAUAUUGCACGGAAUGCUAUUAUCAAUGCUGCUGAACUGGCCAGUUAUGAUCAUCUCAAAGAGAUAAUUUUAAAACUUCCAGGAUUUACAGACACUGUUUUAACUCAUCUCAUAGCUGGUUUAGGUGCUGGAUUCUUUGCAGUUUCUAUCGGUUCUCCAGUUGAUGUGGUCAAAUCAAGAAUGAUGGGAGAUUCAGUAUACAGGAACACCUUUGAUUGUUUUUUCCGAACAUUGAAGUACGAGGGACCACUUGCUUUUUAUAAGGGUUUCCUCCCCAAUUUUUUUCGACUAGGAUCGUGGAACGUUAUCAUGUUUUUGACUCUUGAGCAAGAAAAUAGCUGCAUGUUUUUGCUUGGAUGGAGUAUGCUGGGGACUUUGGAUAACGAAUAUGUAGAUUUGUCUAAUGAAGGAAGCCAUUACCCAAAUGUCGAAAAGUGAAAAGCUAAGCUUCAUUGUUCCAUGUUAAUUAUUGACUGGUAUUGUGGGAACUAAACUUUGCCUGCAUAUAACUGGCUGACCCAAAGUCUUGUGAAAGCGAUUCUAUUUUUUUCUUGUCAUUCACAGUAGAAGCUUCUGUAAUUUCUAUAUGAGGUGAUUAUUGUGUUGGCAUGACGAAAGCCUCUCUUAUCAAACAAAAAAGAAUAAAGAGCCAAUAUCAUUUUUUUGAAAGGUGUAUUUUAACUUUUCAAACUAGAGCUAGGUCUGUUUAUGCUGAUGACUUAAGUGCCUUGAGGCUGGGACGAUUUUGUUAGUCUCAUCUAACCUAAACACAAAAUAGCAAGUUGAUACACUAUUUACCAUCCUAUUUCUUACGUUGUGUAAUAUUUCUGUGAUAGGUCAAGAGAUGGUUGGGAUGAUAAAUAAAUUCAAUUGGCCAUUAAGUGUCUGCCAGCAGAAAGGGAUUGAAUUUGUGCAUCUGCAAUUGCUUUCUGAAGAGGUAACAAGUGUGAUGUGGUUGUUUCGAUCCAGAUAUCACACAAGUUACACGGGAGUUAUACUUAUUCAGAGGGUCUUUAUUGUGACCAAGGGUUGCCUUUGUCUUUUCUCCAGUUACUAGUGGAAAAAAUGGCAUGCUAUAUAAGCUCACAUGAAAUUUAUACUAAACUGCCCUAUUAUACCUUCUUCUUCUUUUUGG